CGGACAUAACCUUACUCUUCUGUCUCAAUGUCGAAACCUGAAAAUAAUAACCAAACAUGGAGCACAUGGGAGGAGCUCCUCCUCGCCUGCGCCGUUCACCGUCACGGAACCGAUUCAUGGGACUCCGUCGCCGGAGAAAUCAACAAACAAAACUCUUCUCCUCGUCCCCUCACCGGUUUAGACUGUCGUAACAAAUACAACGAUCUCAAAAGACGAUUCUCCCCCGAGGGAGGAGAAACCGUCUCCGAGAUCUCUUGGUGGCUUGAGGAGCUGAGGAAGCUCCGUGUCGAUGAGCUCCGUCGUGAAGUCGAACGUUACGAUCUAUCCAUCUCGUCUUUGCAGAUGAAGGUGAAGAGAUUGGAAGAUGAGAGAGAGAAGAGCUUAAAGGAGGAAGAGGCGGUUAAGGGAACCGAAUCGUCAGAUCUGGUUAAAAUCACAGAGACGGUUAACAACUCCGACGUUCCGGUUAUCGAACCGAACCGGAAAAUCGAAGAAUCAACGGAAUUAAAAUCGAACCGGAACGGGACAGAUGAAACCGAUGAUAAACCGGUUAAGGAGGAUUCGGGUAAAGGAAGUUGCGACUCAGUAAGAGAGGGAAAUGACUCGCCCGAGUUGAAAGGAGAGGAGGGCGAAGUGAAAGAAACGAGUGACGUGCAAAGCUCGGCGAGUUUACCGAGAAAGGAGGAGGAGACGUUAGGACACGACCAACCGGAUAACGAGGAUCAAUCUCUGACCGUUGAUAAGACACGAGUUGAAUCUGGGCCGUUGAUUGAAUUCAUCGAGAUUCUUCGCUCUCACCCUAUUGGCUCCCACUUUUCGCGCCGGCUCGAGAGCCAGGAAACACCUGAAUACGAGAAGAUAAUACGGCAGCACAUAGACAUUGAGCUGAUUCGAACUCGUGUCCACGAAGGUUAUUACCAAACCUCCAAGACCAAGUUUUAUCGAGAUUUACUUCUACUAAUCAACAACGCCAAGGUUUUCUACGGUGAACGUUCUCCUGAAUCUAACUCCGCAAUGCAGCUUAACGAACUCAUCAAGAAACACAUGACUACUCUCAAGAAGUCUAAUCAAACCUCACCACCAAAAGAGGAACCCUUGGUGACGCCUAAGGAGGAACUCACACUGUUGUCUCUACAGACAAAAGUGUCAGUGUCUGUUAAAGCUUGUAGGAAACGUAGUUCCUUGGCUGUUAGAGCUUCUACUGAACCGUUAAAGAAGAAUACUAAACUAGUUCCAACGUCGGAUGAGAAUGAGAAGAAGCAAGUUUCAGAGCCAGAGGAGGAAGAUGAAACCUCUGAUAAAGAUGAGGAACCUAUUGUUAACAAGAAGAUAUCUAGAGGAAGAACAAGAAACGUUAAGACCAGUUUGGAUGAUGAGCAGAAGAAAAGUGACCAAGAAAAGAAGGGUAAGAGCACAAACGUUGGCUCAAAGAAACAAAGUGCUGCAAGUUUUCUUAAGAGAAUGAAAGGGGCUGAAACUGUGCUAGAGACGGUGAAGGAUGGUUCAUCUAAUGGAAAGAAUGGAGCUAAGAGUAAGCAUGAAAAAGUUGCAGGUAAACGAGCAACUAGUAAGAAGCCAACAACACCUGCUAAGAAAAACACUGGUGCAGCCUCUAAAAGAGAAGCUACUGAAAAGGAGGAAGGUUCUUCUACUCGCCCAAAGAAACGUACAAGGAGGUUAUGAGUCAUUAUUACACUGCUUAACCAUCUUAUAUAGUAUCAAGAAUCUACUAACAAGUUCAGUGACACUAAAAGAGCAAAAGAUCUAAAACAAGUUUAUAAGAGAGUGUUCUGGUCUGGACUGUUGUCAUGCUUUUCUGGUCUUCUCUGCACCCUUACUGCACUAUAGCUUUUCCCUUAUCAAGUUUCUUGAUGAUAGGAAUCCCACUGGCAGAUCUUCCAACCUAUCAGAGAAGUUGUGUCAGUGAAGGGGUUAAGCAUUAGAAAGAAGCUUUUGAAGGAGCAGGAUAUGUACCUCUCUAAUUGGCGUCUUUUCACGAGAUGUAGCGGUUGCGUUCAAGAGAGUUUGGCCUGGUUUAAGAUACGAGUUGCGUGUUGUAAACCCGGGAUGCUCAUGUUGCCAUAUAAUAUCUUCUCUUGGAAACUGCAAUUGAAGUUUUUUGAAAUUCAAUGGUUUGGUUUCAAAAACUUGAAGAAGAGUUUGAUCUUACAUAUCUAAUAUCAAUCCAGUCCAAGGGGUCGUUCACUUCCUUGUUCCUUGAUAAAGGCACCAGCUGGUGCAUUUCCUGUUUAUAGAUUGGAAGCUAAAUGACAGAAGAGACCUAACUUGAUGCACAAGACAGAAAGGAAAUGUGUGAAGAGAGAGUUACCGUUACUGGGUCAUAGGCUUUGAUUUUGAAUGUAACGCAGUCUUCUUCACCAUCGAUGCUUAUAGUGAUGAUGUUGUUAACAAGAGACUCAGGAGAAACAUGGCCCCAGCUUGGGAAAUUAGCAUCUGCCUUCUCUUUUUGGAUCUUUGCAGGAGUAGUAGUAGCACUCGGUUCAGCCGUUUCUUGCUGGAUCUUUGCAGGAGCUACGUUGAAGCUUUCUUGCUAAGCAAGCAAAGAGAAAACAAACGAUGUCAAAACCUAGUACAAGUUUUGAGCUUUUGGACUUGGAAACAGAUGAUGUCAAGGACUUACAAGUUUGAGUACGUGUUGCUUGUUCACUAUGAGACGUGGCUUUGGUGCUUCUCCUUCUACGGAAGUACUCUUCGCAUCCUCAGCGUCAGUGACUUUCUCCUUCUCAGAAGAACCUAUUGAAGUUCCCCUAAGAAAACAGAGUGAGUGAGAAUUAGGUUAAAGGAGAAAGAAGAGAAGAUCAAUCUCUUCCGUGUAGAUCAAGAUACCUCAGUUCUUGGACAAGUGAAUCAGCUUUGAUUUUCUUCUGUAAAUCGGUGUGAGUAUUCUGGUCGAUGUACAGUGCGCUCUUGAGUUCUUUGAUGAGCAUAAUCCUUGGCUGAAACAAGAGAACACAGACAUAAGCACAACCUUCAAGAACCGUAACAAUGGAUCAGAGACAUGAAACAUUACGGCAGAUACUGCAGAAGACUCUGCGGAGAAGGCCUUGAGAGCGUCAUAGUAAGCGUUCUUCCUGAGAACGUCGGGCUUCAUGUCGUCCUUGUCCGUGGGGAAGAAGCAAUCACCGUCGUUGUUUAACCUAGGAAGUGUUUUCUCUGCGUAGCCUCUCUUCUUGAGAGGGAGACGAGUUGAUUCGUCUGCAAACGGAAUAUAGAAUCAGUUCACUAACCAAAACGUAAGGUGAUCCUGUUUCUUGAAAACCCUAAUUACUAGGGUUUGUGAUUGAAACGUUAUAAGAACCGUGAAGAGGUUUUUGAAGAGACGUACCGGUGGGAGGAGUAUCUGAGUGUUGAUCUUUCUGAUCCGUCAUUGAAGAGCAGUUUCUGGUUCAAGUUUGUGAUGCAGAGGUGAAAGAGAGAAGAGCUUGAAGUUUUGUGGAGGGGGAAGAAAAACGAUUUGAUACUUGUGGAAGAAGGUAAGGCUUGGUGUAACGAACUGUGGCGGUUUGCGUAAAUGAGUCACUCGCUAUUUUAUAGGAGAGUCAAUUUUGUUUGCUUAACAAACAGGAUAAUUAAUCGUUUUCUUUUGCGAUAAAGUUUACUAGAUCCCACUAAAUCUUGAUGUAGUGGAUAUUAUGUUUAUCGUCAGCGAUUGGAUUAGUUUGGUCCUUAGCUCCUAGUUAAAACAAUAUUUAAAAUAAAAGUGUAACGACCCGAAUCCAGUUUUGGAAUUAAUAGCGGG